GAGAUCAACUACAGCUGCAGCUAUGGCGCCUACAAUCACCUCUACAGCAGAUCACCCAAAGGACUACAUGAGUCUUUCCCACAAGGUGAGAAAACCGAUUGUGGAGAAGCUGCGCAGAGAUCGCAUCAACAACAGCAUUGAGGAACUCAAGGCUCUCCUGGGUCCACAGCUCCAGAACCAGCAGCCCGAGUCCAAGCUGGAGAAAGCUGACAUCCUGGAGAUGACCGUUUGCCUCCUGAGAAAAAAGCUUCAGCAGAAGACUCUGCCCUUCUCCAAUGUCGUUGCAGCAGGCCAGAGAUUCUCCAUGUGCCCUCAGAAGAUUCCAGUUUUCCCAUCUAAAGAGGAGCUUCAGGGGCGGUUUAGUGGAGCAAUGCUGAACCACUUCCAGAUCCUGAAAACAUCCUCGGAUGAAGACACUGUGGUGGCGUCAGUCCUGCCUCAACAGAACGUGCUGAAUCAGCACAAUGUCAACCAAGAGAAGAUUCCAGCCAACAGCGCCCCCUGGAGGCCCUGGUAGACAACUUCAGUUCGAGUUUUGUAUGACCACAUUGGUCAACUCUGAAAAAAAGUGUGGACACUUGUUUUCCUUUGGAAAGAAAAGACAUUUGGUUGUUAUCAACUGCAAGUGAUAACUGAUGUUAUCUUAAUACGUUUUGAAUUUCCUGAGAGGAAGGGGUAUUUGCAAGUCUUUGCAAAUGCAAUGUCUUCAGUGAAGACCAAAUGAAAAACUUUUAAAGAUUUUUUUAACAUAUUGAAUUCAUGUUGUAUACAUAGGAGUAGAUUCAAUAUUUGAAUCAUCCAUAGUUUGGAAGAUUGCCCUGGUUGUGCAUGGCAGUGCUUCUUGACAUGUCAAACUUACUUCACUGUAUCAUUGAAAUAUUAUUAUGCUUAACUUGU